AUGUCGCGCCCCGGCCGGUGGUCAGCCGUCUCCGCCUCGCGCAAUAUCGACGUCAACUACGUCGAGGUGUGCAAGCGCGAGAAAGACCCGUACCGAUUCAUCUGCUGGUGUCGGCCACCUUUCCCCGAGGGGGACUCGGACGACGAGGCCGAGUAUGACUGGGAUGAUGGGGACGAGGAGUCGGAGUUUGAGCGGGGAUAUGACUCGGAUUUGGAGGAGACCGAGAGCGAGGAUGGAAGCAGCUGGAGGAAUGAUCGCAGGGCGAGUGUUUGUACUACAGCAUCGCGGCAGCAGACCAAGUAUGACGGCGGCGACAAGCAAAUGAAGAGGAAGCGGCGCUGCGAUGGAGGAAUGUCGUGUUUGUGCGGGGAACCGGCUGACGAUUAUCCCAACCACAAAUGGAUCACGUCGUGGGCGGGCAGACAGAAGUUCAUGCGGCAGAUCGACAUGAUAUACCUGCGUGAUCCCGAGGUUUUUGACAUGUAUGUGACAAAUGACUAUGCGGGGUAUGGAUUCGCCGAGGUACUUGAGAAUUUGUUGCUGGACUUUGUCGAGGAAGACAACAACUGGCGGGAGCAAUGGGUCGUUUGCGAGGUGAUAGCACUGUUGCUGUUUACCGAUUUGUCGAGUGAUUUGAUAGGGAUAGAUGAUGGAAGACGGGUGGAAGACUUGAUCUUGCUGGCCGUCCGAACAUUCCUUGCAAUGUUGGCACGGUUAGAGCGGCAACAGCUACUCUCCAGCACCUCUGAGCUCAGGAACUUGGGUCUCAUAAUGUCCCUCUGGGAGAGGAUCAUGGGUCAUCUGCUGGUAGACUUCGAUCUGGCCGACAUUCCCCGCUCGUUCAGGGUUGAGACGGUCGAGAUCAAAGGCCGCGACGGCCAGACACACGACUUCGAGCUCGACAUCGCCGAGUUCGGCGAGUAUAUUAUUGGGUACGCUGAGCGGCACGGGAUCAAACUGACUGACGUACCAGAGAGCAAAGGCGUGGCCGACAAAUUGCCCCCUCCAUCCGAUGAUGACCCCUGGAAUACAGCUGCCGCAUACCGCAAAUACAUGCAGCACUAUGGGACAGGGAAAGACAUGAGAAUCGGUGGUGACAAGCUCGACCUGACCACGUGGUCAUCUGAGAGGAGGAAGAAAGCAAGCUUCAGUGGACGCGAUCCUCUCAGCAAACGGGAAAUGGACAUGUUGAAGAAGGGGAUGGUGUUGGGGUUUAAGACAUGA